UUAUUAUUAUUAUCAUUAUAAACAAUCUGUCAAAUAUAGAAAAUUUGUAAAUAAAAAAUGGAUUUAUCAAAAAUUAUUAAUGAAAAAAAAUUAUAUCUUUGUCGAUGGCAUUUUCAAAGUGGAUUUGCAUUAUUACUAUUUCUCUGGGCAGUUAAUUCAGUUUGGUUUUUAAAAAAAGCAUUUGUUGUUCCAGCAUAUAAUAAACAAAAAGAAAUUAAUGUUUUUUUUUUUGAUAAUGUUGGUGGUGUUGGAUUACUGAGAGAGCAACAACAACAUAAGACAUAUAACCUUUGGAUAACAUAGAAGACCUCCAUGCACAUUGCACAUGUUCAAAUUGACUUGCUGAACCAACUUUAUCAAUAGUCAUUACUCUGCUUUAUACACGGUAACUUCAUUAGACAUUUAUAUUUAACAAGUUGGUGCAGAGAUUAAACACCAUUCUAUUUACGUGCAUUGGAAAAAAGAUUAAUCGAAAAUAAAAUAUGAAGUCUAAUCCAAGUGAGAUGAAUAUGGAGAUCACGGAGGUUGAUUUGAGUGAAACUGAAUGGAAAAAUAGAUUUCUUGCAAUUGUCGAAGAAGCGCGCAGUGAAAAUGUGAGAUUAUUCGAUAAAAAUUAUCUACGUAAUUUUAUAAUGAAUACUCACCAAGAAAAUGUUGAUGCUGAUGAUGUUGAUGAUAAAAAUGAACGACUUUUUAAUCGUUCUGAACAUAUUGAUCCUAAAAAAGAAAAAAUAAUAAUAGCACGUCGUAAGAAGCUUAUGUCCCAGAUGAGUCAUAUUUUUGAUACUCAACCACGUUUCAAACAAAUAUGCAAACAUUAUAGAAACAAAUUUGUUUCUUCAGGCUUUACAACAUAUGUUUUUCGUAAUACCCAAGAUGAAAAAAAAUAUAAUCAUCCAGUACAUGAAUUACAUGAAGAAUCAAAUGAUUUAAAAUAUAUAAUUGAUCUUUGUGGAUUUAAACUAACUUGCUUAGAUGCAACAAGACAUUGUUUUUCUCAAGUGAUGCCAUUGAUUAACAAUAACUGUCCAAAUCUUAGACAACUUCAGUUAGCAUUUAAAGAAAUAAACAGUGAAGAUUUUGUAAAUGCUUUUUCUAACAUGUUGAGUCUCCGAGGACUGGUAAUUAAAUGGAGUUGUAAAACACCUUUACCAACGACUUUGAUUAGAUCAUUAGAACAAAUUGGUGGAACCUUGACAUAUUUAUUUCUUCGAAAUAAUUGUAUGCAAAAUGAUAUUUUCUUACCAGAAUCAUCGGCGUUGGUUUUUCCUCAAUUAAUUGCUUUAAAUAAAUUAUGUAUAUGUGGUUUUAAACUACGUCAAUCAUCACUUGAGGCCAUAGGUGAAAUGAAAAAUUUAGUUAAACUAGGACUAUCGCCUGGCUUGCUAAAUACUUAUUCAGUGUGUGAUGAAAAAAUGAAUAUGUAUCCAAUUGGCAAUUUAAAAACUCUGAAGCAUUUACAGAUUUCUUGGGAUUGGAAUGCUACAGAUAAAUUUUUGAUAAACCUUUGUAAUAAUGCUAAGCAAUUACAAACAUUACAUAUAGUUGGUACAAAUAUAACAGAUAAUGGUAUAAUUGCACUUGAUAAGUUGAAACAAUUAGAUUCCUUGAAUCUUGGUUUAUCUGAUUCUUGGUAUGAUAAUACAAUUAAACGAGAAAAUAAGUUUAUCACUGACAAAUCAAUUAGUUGUUUACAUAAUGAAAAAUUGAGCUAUUUGUCUUUAUCAAAUUGCAUUAAUAUCACGAAUAGAUCAGUGAUUAAAUUUAUUGAAAAUUUACCAAAUUUAACAUUGUUAUCUAUUGAAAAAACAAAUGUAACUAUUGACGUUGUUGACGAAAUACCUAAAUCAACAGAAUAUCGUGAAAAACCAUUAUUUGUAUUUGUUUCUUUUAAAGAUCAUACUGGUACUUUUGAAUCAGCAACACAAUCAUUUAAUAUUCAUUUUGAGACUCCAUCUGAAUAUAAUAAUUAAUUAUAAUUAAUAACAUAUGACUUUAUAAAAAUUUGAGAAUAAAAAAAAAUGCUUUAAUUUGAA